AUGCGUCGGGCUCUGGCCGACAGGGGGUUCCCGGACUACUUGCGGAGAGUGCUUGACGAUUACUUAGCUCAGCGUACGAUAGUCUACCCAACGAUUGACAGGACAAGCGUCGGAAGAAGAGAGGUCCAGGCGGGAGUUCCACAGGAAUCCGUCCUGGGUCCUCUCUUGUGGAAUGUCACCUUUGACGAUGUCCUAAGGAGGGAAACGGAAGACGGGUGCUGGGUUACCUGCUAUGCCGACGACACGUUGGUCAUUGCUACCGCGGAGUCUGUCCAGGAGGUCCGCAGGCGCGCAUGCGUCCAGGUCUCCAGGGUCCUGCGCGCCAUCCGCAGUCUGGGCCUUACUGUGGCUAUCCCGAAAACAGAGGCGGUACUUUUCCACCGUCCGGGGCGAGCCCCGGCUGUACCACCCAGAGUUUGGGUGGGGGACAGGGCGAUUGAGACCCGAGCGUCGAUGACUUAUUUAGGAGUGAAGCUCGACAGCGAGUGGUCCUUUCGGCCCCACUUUGAGUACGUGGAGGAGAAGGCGAGCCGGGUGGCGAGGUCCCUGGCACGACUCAUGCCGAAUCUCCGAGGCCCGGGAGAGGAUAGGCGGAGGCUGUAUGCGCACGUCCUACACUCCGUUGUAUUGUACGGAGCGCCGGUAUGA